AUGCCGGAGCCUGUGAUUUCAGUACCCGGUAUCGCUUUCGAAGAGACCGCCCCUCUUCCCUUCAAGAAUAAACUCUCCCGUGAGCGUCCUGCAACAAGCCCGAGCGAUAACCGGACACAGCUGGAUAUUGCCAAUGCGACGUCAGAACAGAUUGAUAACUCAAUGUAUGCGUCGAAUGGCAAUGAAUUGAAGAAUGGAGAACCGCCGCGGUCAGUGCAGGAUAACCUGGUCGAUCCCGUCCCUUUGGAGGAACAACCAAGUAUCCCGUCGCCCACAAAUAUCCCAAGCAUCAGGGUAGAUGAUGCAUCUUCCCGGCCCAGCUCCCGAUGGUCUGAGAGGAGGUGGGGCGUUCUCAAGCCUCGUAAAUCGACCGAAUCUGUGCGACCAAAAUCUGCGACGGCGCCCAAUAGUUCAGACCAAGCUUCCUUUCAAGGAAUCACCAUGAACAUUCCAACCACUGACUUUCAAGAUUUGACUCCAAGCUCAAUGGAGUUCUCCAAACGGGGCAGUUUGAUGAAAGCCAACCCUACUACACCGGCUAUAUCUCUUCCGAACAGUGAUCCCGGUACCUCUACCUCUCCACGUAAACGAACCCCGAAUACUCUACGUGUCAGACAAUCUAAGCUCACGCCACGAGCUGUUUCAGCGGAUGAGGAUAUGCUAUCGCGUCGUGUUAGGUUGAUGUAUGAGAAGGGAGAUGACAACGUGACCGAUGCCGAGGUUAGUCGGGCAAUCGCAGAGGAAAAUGGCAUUCUGUGGGAGGAGCCGAGCCCAGUCGAAGGUUCUUUAGACCGAUUCGCAGAGCUGAAUGGAUCUACCACGGACUUUAAGAGUAUCGCUUCGGUGGGUGCAACUAGUUCUAUCAAGCGGGAGUCGAAAGAGCUUGCUGGGGGGAUCGAAGAUUGGCAAAAUGUGGAUGCCGCGGAUGUUGACAGAUAUGGCUUCAUUGUACCGCGCUCUAAACCCGGGGAUUGUGCAGAACCCCAACCGAUUCAACGCGUUUCAACCAGCCUACUUCUUGCAUCGGAGUCACCGCGACGAAAGAACACAUUCAGAAGAUCGGCUGGGACUGUAAGAAGCAGCAGCAGAUCUCUUGCAAGUAAAUCGCCAACACGAGACCGUAAAUUAUCUGACUCUUCGAAUCGACCAAGUUCCUCACAGAGCGCAUACAGUCCCACACUAAAGAGAUCGCCAUCUAAAUUCCGGUACGCAGCCAAUCGAUUGCCACAUAACCGAGAUCGUCGAGUUCGAGACGAAGCAGGCGACAUGUUUACUCUACCAUUCGAAGUCCCAGCAGCUGCUGAGGACACUCCUGUGUCAACGACUAUGAAGAAGAAAGAAUGGGAACGCGAAGACAAAUGGAUGAAAAUGGCGAAGCCGACGAAGAAGACGCAUGAUGGAAGCGGCAUGACAUUUGAAUUUGACACUAGCAGCUCCAAACUUAUUGAACGGACUUGGAAAGGAAUUCCCGAUAGCUGGAGAGCCACGGCAUGGUAUGCCUUUCUGGAAUCCAGCGCCAGGAAACACGAGGGUAGUCCGUCGGCAGCAGAAUUGAUAAGUGCAUUUCAUCAAUAUCAGAAUGUAUCUUCACCCGAUGAUGUACAGAUCGAUAUCGACGUACCCCGCACGAUUAGCAGCCACAUAAUGUUUCGUCGCCGCUAUCGUGGCGGCCAAAGACUUUUGUUUCGAGUUCUGCAUGCCAUGUCGCUAUAUUUCCCCGAUACUGGAUAUGUGCAGGGUAUGGCAGCACUCACGGCGACCCUGCUAGCAUACUACGAUGAAGAGAAUGCCUUUGUCAUGCUUGCCCGUCUUUGGAUGUUACGAGGGCUACAGCAUCUUUACAGAGAAGGUUUUUCAGGUUUGAUGGAAGCACUGAACGAUUUUGAAAAAGAGUGGUUAGGCAAUGGUGAAGUGGCGGGGAAGUUGAAUGAAUUGGGUAUUCCUCCCACGUCUUAUGGGACGCGGUGGUACUUGACACUUUUUAAUUAUUCGAUCCCUUUCCCGGCGCAACUCCGGGUAUGGGAUGUGUUUAUGCUGCUUGGGGAUGCUGAACUACCUUCGUCAAAGGCCAGCGCGAACAGUAAUCGUGCAUCUAAUUCUCAACCUGAAAAAUUAGUCAGUUCCUUUGGCCAAGGCUUGGACGUCCUCCAUGCAACAUCGGCUGCUUUGAUUGAUGGCAUGCGUGACAUUGUUCUGGAAUCUGAUUUUGAGAAUGCCAUGAAAGUGCUUACUAGUUGGGUACCCAUAAAAGACAUUGAACUAUUUAUGCGCGUUGCCAGAGCCGAAUAUAAGGUCCAUCACCACCGCAAAAAGCACGGAUAGUCACUCGUGUCGACUUCCCCGGCACCUGACAGUCAACGAGCGACGAUCGACAAAAUAGCUGGGCCCAUGACUAAUGUUUAAUACCAUAUGUCCAUAUGUGAUGCGAAUGAACCGUUCAUCGCCUUUCAUUUCUUUCUCUCGAGUGGUACACCCAAUGCACCCACUCAGAUGCUUUCUUUGGUCCUCGAUGGAUUACGAAGAUCCAAACCCACAAUAUUUACUUGACAUGACACUUUUAUUGUUUGUUUCGGCUUGCUAUUCACCGGUUCUUACCAUUUGUAUAAUCAAUUUUGUGAUGUUGGAUUCCGAAUGAUACCCCCUUACAGAGUCUCAGCCAUGAAUGACCAGAGUCUCUGUCUGCCGCAGGAACUUGGUGCCUUCAUCUUGGGAAUAUUGUCCCCAUUUUACUCUAAUUUAUAAUUGGCGCUUAAUUUUAUCUUUUGAUACAGAAAGAGGGAAUUACCCUGUUUUGUCAAAGUCCAGGUAGUUUGCUUUCUGUUACUAGGAGGCUUGGAUUGACCUGUCUGAUGAGAUCUCGACCUUACAGAAGUUUCGCACAGAGAUACGCUGGGUUAGCUUUCUUUAGGUGCGUGACCAUCUAUUCGGUUAAUAUUCAAGUCAUAAUAUU